AUGGACGGCGUGCAGGGCUAUGGGUACUCCAGAGUUCUGCAAAGAUUCGUCACCAGCAGCUUGGACAGCGAGGUGCCUCGGCCCUGGUGGGACACAGACCUUGGCCAGAAGCCGCUCCCCAGCAGGCGGCCAGGUCCUGCGCUCUGUGCUGUGUGCAGCGAGCCUGCACCGCACCGCUGCGGUGGAUGCAAGGCCUCCCGCUACUGCUCGAGGGAGCACCAGCAGCAGCACUGGGCAGCGGGCCACAAGCAGGUGUGCCGCAAGCUAGCACUCGGGAUUGCAGCAGGCCUGCACGUCAGAGCGGAGGGCAAUCCGAAGGUGGAGUCUGGGAGUAAACAGACACAAGAGGAGGCUGGCAGUGCGCAAGCACAGCGGCUGGUGCCGAGCAGAAUGGUUUGCCCCUAUGAGGAGUUCCUGGCACUGUGGCCGGCCGCCGAUGCCUCUGAUGAGGGCCCCACUGGCCUCAUCAACCUGGGCAACAGCUGCUUUGCGAACGCAGCGCUGCAGUGCCUGAUGGCGACGCGGCCCAUGGGCGCCUAUCUGGCCUCGGGCCUGCACACCAGCCGCGGCUGCCCGGCGCCCCCCGGCGCGUUCUGUCCCCUGUGCCAGCUGGAGCUUCUGGCCAGGGAGAUGCGCCGCGGGGACGGCCCCGCCACCGCGCAGCCGCUGCUGCACCGCGUCCGCCUGUUCUGUCGCGACAUGGUCGCCGGCGAGCAGGAGGAUACGUCGGAGUUUCUGAACGGCCUGCAGACCGCUGUGGAGCACAUUAUGCUGCAUCAGGCUGGCAGCCCUGCCAAGCUGGACAGCCGGUCAAAGGAGACGACCCUGCUGCACCACAUAUUUGGCGGCUAUGAGCGCAUGCAGAACGUGUGCACCGUCUGCUGCAAUGUCUCAGCCUCCUUCGACCCAUUUUCCAUGCUGUCAGUCGAGAUUGACGAGGACAUCACCACCCUCGAGGAUGCCCUUGCACGGUAUACACACACAGAGCUGCUGGCCGGGGACAAUGCAUACAGCUGUGAGAAGUGCAAGAAGGACGUGGAGGCGGAGAGGCGGCUGUGCUUCGAGGUGGCACCUAACACGCUGCAGAUCUGCCUCAAGCGCUUCGUCUCGGUGGAUGGGGUGCCCAUGAAGAACUCUCAGGCGGUGGACUUUCAGGAGCAGCUGAAUCUGGGCCCUUUCAUGGCGUCGGCCGCGCUGGACGGUGGCCCGGCGCGGUACCGACUGUACGGCAUUAUCGUGCACGAGGGCACGUGCAAUAGCCCCCACAGCGGCCACUACGUGGCCUAUGUGCGCGGCGCCGACGGCCAGUGGUGGGAGUGUAACGACGCGCAGGUGUACAGCUGCACUACGGGCUACGUACUGUCGCGGCGGGCGUACAUGCUAUUCUACGCGCGCGAGGCGCCGCGGCCGUCCCUGCCCGAACUGGCGCAGCUUGCCGCGGUGCCCCGGUCGGCCGCCACUGGCGUCUCCGGCAGCAAGCCUUCCCCCACCCUGCAGAACGGAUAUGAGGCAGGGCAUGCGGCCACUAUGCCGAGUGCCGCGCAAGGAGACGAGCCCAGCAGCAGCAGCAGGGCGGAGGCGUUAACAAAUGGAGGCACUUUACUUGACAGAGUGAGCUCUGCAGGCGCGUCUGAAAUGUCUUCCAGGGAUGCAGCGCCGUCGCAGCAUCCCGCAGAAGCAGCGGGCCCUGCAUCCACAAAUGGGAGGAGCAGCGAUAGCGGCUGGGACAGCAGUGAGCUGCCAGUGGCUGGGGGCGCUCGGGCACCGGCCAAUCAUGGUGAACCUCCGAGGUCUGCAGCAUGCACAGAGCAGCAGAGCGCUGCAGCAGAACCCGCGGAUGCAAACAGAAAACAGCAGCCUGAUGGCGCUUCAUAUCAGGGCGACGGCAGUGCAAGUCUCAGGGACAGCGGGCUCUCACAGGUGGAUGCUGUGGGCAUAGAGUCAGGGAGUCUGCUCGACAGGGCCAGUGGUGGUGCAGAAAUGCAGCCGAGUAUACCGGCAGGCCAUGAGGCCAUUCUGCACCUGGGGGUGAGGAUGCCGAGCGGGUUGGGGGAUGCGCAUCAGGGCCUGGGUGCACAGGAUACACUCUGGAGGCCCAGCGCAGGCGCGGCCGUGGAUGGCCUGCUGGAGGGCAGGCCGGCCAGUAUCGGCGGCCACCUCAGUGCGCGCGGUGCUCUCCGCGCCUAG